UCUGAUUUUUAGCGCCUACUCUCUGCCGACCACAUUUCUGUGUGCUUGCUUGCUCAGCGUUCUUUUCCUCCUUAGAACCCAACGUAAGUCUCUUUUUCCCUUCCUGUUCCUUCAGCUUUGUUUCUUUGAUUUUAUUCUUGUAGUUUUAGGUUUUGUAGAUGGGUUAUUCUUACCUUCUAGAUACCCCGGCUGCUUUGGCCAACUUUAGGAGUAAAUUUAGUAUCCCCCGUGACGUGGACGUGGCUUACUGCCACGAGAGUGAUAUGGAACUCCACCGAGGGCAUGGUACAGCCUUCUUUCCUUUGAUGUCCAUCUUAGAAGGUGGGGUUAGGUUCCCGGUAGAUCCCCUCCUGAUAAGCACACUUACCUACUAUGGGCUGUGCCCCGACCAGCUUCCCCCCAAUUUUUACCGGGUAGUUAGUUGUGUCGGCCAGUUAAACCAUACCUUUAACUUACAACUAGAUCACCAUGAUAUUAACCAAAUGUACAGCCUUUGUGGGAGCAAGUCCACAAAUUACUACUUAAAGACAAGGGAUGCUCGGGUACGGCUGAUAUCGUGCCUACCCGAUUCGAACAGGAACUCCGCCGGGGAGUUUGUCAGGGUGCGCGGCAAUUGGUUUGCCGGGGAGAUCCCUUGCCCCCUCACACGGCGUGAAGUGGACGGCAAAGUGUUUACUCAGGACCUCAGAGCCGUCCACGUCAAGGACUUAAACUUCGUCCUUCGUUCCGAGAUCUUCGUGCACUGGGACGGGCAACUCCGGGCCUCACACCUGAUCCUCGGCGUGGAACCGGUUUACUCCACUUGGCAAUCAUUCAAGCAGGCGUUGUUAGUUGACAGCCCCCUGCUCUCGUACAUAGACGUCCGGUACGUGAACUUCUUGCCGCCGAAGCUUACAACCGGGGAAGCGAGGGAAUUUGGUAGGCGGUUCACUACCGCGGACGAAUUAGUUCCCCUUCGAGACGAUUCCGCGGAGCAAGUAUCCCGGCGCCUUAGAGAGAGAGCCCACGAAGCUAUACAACAAGGGGACCAAGCCCAAGAGCAGGCCCAUCCCGAGGAUCCACCCGCCGAGCAUCAACAGCAAGUGACAGACGCGGCUAACCUGCUAGCUGAAGCGAUCCAGCCCGGUGCAAGCAUGGUGGCAAGGCGAAUAAUGACCCUAGACAGGUUCGUGCCUGGUAACGCCCCGGCUGCUCUAGAUGAGGAGGAGACGGCCAGUAUGAGGGAGUUGGUUGAGCAAAUAGACUCUCAUGCUGAGCCCGAGGAACUGGAGGCUACGAGCACACCGACCGUGCAGGAACUUCUUGACGAGGCCCAGCCUUUCUCCCUGAUCGUCCAACAGGAAGUGCCACCACCGACUCAACCCCCUAGUUGA